CUGGAAGAGGAGCUGCUGGGUCUGCAGAAGAAGCUCAAAGGAGUGGAAGAUGAGCUGGACAAAUACUCUGAGUCCCUGAAGGAUGCCCAGGAAAAGCUUGAGCAGGCAGAAAAGAAGGCAACGGAUGCUGAGGCAGAAGUGGCAUCUCUGAACAGGCGUAUCCAGCUGGUGGAGGAGGAGUUGGACCGAGCUCAGGAGAGACUGGCUACCGCUCUACAGAAACUGGAGGAGGCUGAGAAAGCUGCAGAUGAGAGCGAGAGAGGAAUGAAGGUUAUAGAGAACAGAGCAACAAAAGAUGAAGAAAAAAUGGAGAUCCAGGAGAUGCAGCUGAAGGAAGCCAAACACAUCGCUGAGGAGGCUGAUCGAAAAUAUGAAGAGGUUGCACGUAAACUGGUGAUCCUUGAGGGUGAUCUGGAGCGCUCAGAGGAGCGAGCCGAGGUGGCUGAGGCUAAAUCAGGUGACCUUGAGGAAGAGUUGAAAAAUGUCACCAACAACUUGAAGUCACUGGAAGCCCAGUCUGACAAGUACUCACAAAAGGAGGACAAAUAUGAAGAGGAAAUUAAAGUUCUUACUGACAAACUGAAGGAGGCAGAGACCCGUGCAGAAUUUGCAGAGAGGUCUGUGGCAAAGCUGGAGAAGACUAUUGACGAUUUGGAAGAUGAAGUGUAUGCUCAGAAGCUAAAGGGCAAGGCUCUCAGUGAGGAGCUGGACCUGGCCCUCAACGACAUGACUACACUGUAGAUGUUCUCUGUCUUCCUCUCUGCUCCUCCCUCCUGAACUCUUCUUCGCCUGUCUGCUGUUGUUUUGUUCCAUUUCACAGUGGUAUUAUGGGCUAGGAGAUUCUAGAGAUGCAAUAUGCUAAAUUCAUAAACCCUUUAGUAAGCUGUAUCUCUAUUACUCAGGACUGGUCUUUUUACAGAUAGGUAAGUUACUGCCAAUCACUGCUGCGUGUCUAUGGUUCACUGAGGUAAUGUUCUCUCAUUGGUGAAAUAUUCAUGUAAACCUGUUUCCCCCUCUCUCUCUCUCUCUCUGUAAUAAAUGAUUCAAAUUUCUCUUGCC